AAAACAGUGAUUUCAUUUUUUCAGCCAAACCUAACGGCCGAUUGACGCACUUGUGAAAUUCUGAAUUCGCACUACCGCCGCUGCUGUAUAAAACGAAAAGUUUUACGCAAAUCUUCUCUUUUCUUUUACUCUCCAACUUACUGCAGAACAUAGACCUUUAAAAUGGCUGAAAGUAUUAUUGAUUUUGUGCUCGUUGCUAUUAUUUUAGCCGCCUUAGCGGUAGCUACACUUAUUUUAUUGUUUAUGUAUUCAACUCGAAUGCGUAAACCAUUUCAAAAAUGUUUGGGUCGAAAAUCGGGAAAAACGGAGGAUAUUGAAACUGGAAUAUCUCCAAAAAGAUCAACAAUUCGAGUAAUCAAAUCACUUCCAAAUACUUCACUUCCUCCGACACCUACAGCUUACACAAAACCACCAGUUCGAAGAGUUCACACAAAUCCCGUCGAAGUUGAAAGCCCUUCAAGACAAUUCAUGUUCAUUUAUCCAAAGAAACCUAACUAUCAGUCAGAACAAGCUACUUUCCAAAGUGGUUCCACAAGAAGUUCAUACUUACCAGAACGAAGGAGUUCGCAGUGAUUAGUGAACGUUGAGGAUAAUCAAUUCUAAAAAAUUAUGAGUAAACAUUAUUCACUUUCUAUUUUUUUUUCUGUGAAAUUAGAGAUUAAAAUUGUUGUAUAUUAGAUUAAAUGCGGGUUUUAUAAUUUGUGUAAUGUUGUUAUUUGUAAUUUCAAGCAUGCAAAGUUUGCGAAUGCAUGAUCAGAUUUUAACAAGAGCAAACUACUAACCAAAGUUGUAACUGAUGGAAAAUGUUUCUAAAACAAUCCAUUGUAAUUCUUAAUAUUGAUUCAAUUUUAAAUAUAUCUUUAUAUUUUAUUAUCUUACAUGUUCUUUGCCGCCUUUAUUGAAUGAAAAAUAAACAGUUUUCUAUGAAAAAA